AUGGUGCUCACGCUCAUACGCGCCAUACAGAACUGGCGGAUAAACCAAAGCCGUCUGUACGUUGUCCUGGUGAACCAUAACAUAUUAUGUAUGCGGUUUUCUGCUCUCGGUAAUGAACAUCUUCGCAUCGCUGCUCCUCCAGGACUCCUACCAAUCCUUUUUUUCAAUUUCCAGUUUACCAUUCUUGCAAUUCUUGCCACGCGCAUGCACCUCCAUCUCUGGCAGGUGAAUCAACAUCCACACGGCUCUACUAGCGUCCUCGUGCAUAUUCCAACAUCCGACAUCUCAUUUGCGAAUUCCACGGCGUGA